AUGGAUGAGGUGAAGCUGCAAGGGGGAGGCAGCGCGACGCAUGGGGAGGCCGGGAUCGGCGCGGGGGUCACUCUUCUCUUGGCAUAUCUUGUUCUAGUCACCAGAGGAAAAGAUGUCAGUGCUACAGAAAUAUGGGUAAAUACUAGCAAGAUCCAAAAAAAUAAUAAAACUAUUCUUAUGGAAGGAGGAGAUGUCGUUGACUGCGUUGAUGUGAAUCUUCAACCAGCUUUUAACCACCCAUUAUUGAAAGACCACAAAAUUCAGAUGGAACCAAGCUCCUUUCCGAAUGGACUAAAUAUCACAUCUCCGUUCCUACAUGAUGUAUUUGAAGCACAUCCGCCUAUCGUUGAAUGCCCAAGAGGAACAGUUCCAAUACUACGUAACAGUAGAAUGGAGCAUAUAGCAGGACAACUCUAUAUUAAUGGAGUGAUUAGCAAGGAUAAUCAACAAGAGGUGGCAGGAAUCAAAUAUUAUGGUGAUGUAUAUGGGGCGAGAGCUAUAAUAAAUGUUUAUGAGCCAAAGGUGAAGAAAUCUAGUAAAGAUCUCAGUGCAACAAGUAUUCAAAUUGAUAACUUCGGACCAAAUGGCCUUGAUAGUAUAGUUGUUGGAUAUUCGGUAGCUCCAAACUUGGCUGGUGAUAGCUCGGCAAGGUUUCAUGUUUCUUGGGUAAUCAGCGGACAAAGCAAGUCAUGCUAUGAUCACACAUGCCCUGGUUUUGUGCAAGUAAACCACAACUUUGUUCUUGGAGGAAGAUUACAACCUGUUUCAGUCUAUAAUGGAAAACAAUAUGUGAUUACGGUCCUUAUUUACAAGGACUUAAUGACAAAGAACUGGUGGGUAACAUAUGGUGAAGACAAUACACCCAUUGGAUAAUAGCCAAAUUCACUAUUCAUAUACCUUAAGGACAAAGGUAAUUUCACAUUAUGGGGUGGCUAUGUUGCGGGCCCGACGGCUUCAUCAGAUUCUCCACAAAUGGGUAGUGGGCAUUUUGCCACUGAAGGUUAUGGAAAGGCAGCUUUUGUAAAAGGCAUCCAAAUUGUUAAUGAGAACGGCCACCUUGAUAUUCUAAAUGUGAACAAAGCCCUUGUAGUCAGUAGUGAUUCCACGAAAUAUACAGUUGCUGUCUAUGACUUUGAUAAGUAUGGUAUGCAUACGUUCUAUGGCGGGCCAGGUAAUUUAGUCUAA